CGAUACGCAACGAUGACCUGGGGCCUGCCCUCAGAGCUGGUCGACAUCAUCAUCCACCACUGCCAUAAUGACCCUGCCACUUUGGCCACAUGUGCUCUUGUGCAAAAGUCAUGGGUUCCUCGAGCCCGGUACCACUUUUGGCGCGAGCUGCACCUGACGUGCACGAAGGAGGAGCUGGAGAAGGUGGGAAGCAUGCUCGACGAGUCGCCCGAUAUCGCGUUCUACGUUCGCGACGUUAUCCUC